UGAUUAUGGGGUUGGAUGUGAUAUUUUGUUUGGAUGUGUUUUUUUUGAUUUUGCAACAUUUUUGUCUUUUAAUGGAAAAAAUGAGAAAAAACCUAGGUAAAAUUCUUCCCAAACACCACCUUAGACGCCACAGGUCUAAAAUUUGAGGGGGAAAUUACUUUUUCAUUUCGCGCCCUCUUCUACAUUCUCUGUUUAAACAAACACAAAAGUCCUCUUCUCUCACACAUCACCACCAAACCUCACCCCACCUCAUCUCAGCACAGUCCCUUACCACCGUCGCUCACCGUAGCUCACCGUACAUUGCACAUCGGCACCGCCGCAGCCGCAAAUCACCACCGCCACCGCCGCAGAUCACAGAAUGGCUCCUGCGAAAAAGAUGCGCCGUUUCCCACCACCAAAGAGGGCAUUAAUUGAACCAUACUCAUCGCAGACCGAUACACCUACACCUACUCCUGAAGGUGUUGCAGCAGAUGGAUCUCAGACUAUUGUACCAUCUCCGUCUGAACAAGCUGCAUUGUCAGGAUCUGAGACUGUUGCACCAUCUCCGUCUGAAAGUAAUGCACCAGCUGCAUCUGAGAGUUGUGAAGCAUCUCCGUUUGAAACGAAUCCACCAUCUCCUCAAAGUCAACCGAGUGGCGCAGGUGCAUCUUCAUCAAAGCGUGUGCGGGGACCAACAGUUGGAAAAGCAACAGCAAAAAGAAUUGCCGACAAUAAUGGAAACAAGCUGUACAUUCCAAUCACGGAGACAUUCAAUGCAUUCGAAGGUGUGCUAGCGACCCCAGGAUCGAAUGAGAUCGGCCUUCAGAUUAGGAGGAUGUGCCCCAUUCAAGGCGUUAACAAUUGGACUGUUGCUGAGCCAGCGACAAAAGCUGCUGUUGUACAAGCUGUCCGGGAUAAAUUUGAGAUUAGGGAUAAUUACGAGGAGAAUUCACUAUCCCAAAAAGUUGUGGAAAAGAAGUGUUAUGUGUUAUAUAAAGAUUGGAAGUGCAGAAUGAAGAAGAAAUGGGAGAAGCUUGUGGAUGCGGGAAUUGAUCCCUAUGCUCAUCCAUACAUAGGAGUACAAUCCGAUGAUUGGAAGUAUUUGAUUGAUCAAGUAUGGUUGGAUCCUAAAAACAAGCGUCGCUACGAUGCCGGCAAACUAAAUAGGAGCAAGCUACCCUACAAUCAUAGUAGUGGGUCGCGAUCUUUUCCGGCGGCGAUGAGCAUUGCGGUGAAGGAAAACGGUGGCUUGUUGCCAGAUAUUUGCAAUUUCUACAAGGACACUCAUCAGAACAAGAAGACAAAAGAAUGGAUUGAUCCUAUAUGCUGUGAUUUACUUGAGCAAAUGACAAUGGUGCGGGAUGAGUCUAUUGAGUCUGGAACACCAAUGACACAAGAGGAUAUAUCAAGAGUGGUGCUGGGGAAGAAGAAGGGAUACUUGAGAGGUUUUGGGGUCGGACCAAAGCCCUCGUCUUGUGAUGUUGGGUCGAAUGUGGCAUCACAAGCACGUGAGGAGCACUUGAAAAGGCUUACAUCCGAGUUGGAGAUACUGCGUGCGGAGCAGCAGAGUGACCGUGAGGAGCAGAAAAAAAAGGAAGAGGAGCAGCAAAAAAAGGAAGAGAAGCAACAAAUAAAAGAGGCAGAGAAUGCAAGACAACGUGAGGAGAUGUAG